GAGUACUGUUCUCAUCCUUGCCUUGCCUUCCUUGGACGCCUGACUACACAUGGUCUUGACGACGUGCCAAAGUCUAUCUUCAUCUUCAUCUUCUAUCCUUCUCCCAGGUGGAUCGACGACUCCUUGCUUCGCUGACUGACUGACUCCCUUUCUUCCUUCCUUUGAUCUUCUCUCCAUCAGAAAGAACAUCCGACUCACUCCUUCUUUGAUCACAACUCUCGUCAGUCUGAAGCAUUCCUUUCAUUCCCCAUCCAGUUUACCUUCUGCAUUCCUUCUUGACAGUCCUCCACUGCCCCAGUUGGCAUUCAUUCCUUAGACCCCAAAACUCGCAAUUCCAAUCUUUACGCCAAAAUGAAGUAUUCCACUUUCAUUGCAGCACUUCCGCUGCUUGGACUCGCUACUGCACAACCUCAUCGACGUCGCCAUGCUCACGAGCAUAAGUUGGCCAAGAAGGAUGGCGAUGUGGUCGUUGCCGUUGUCAAUACCAUCUAUGCAGAGGCUACAGACUCUCCACAGGUCAUUGUCUAUGUCGACCAGGACGGCAAGCCAGUUUCUACUGCCACUGAAGGAGUCGCUCCAGUUCAGACGCCUGCACCAGCAGCUCCUGUUGCACCAGCCCCAGCAGCCAUUCAAGUCGCCCCCGCUGUUGAAAACGCUCCUGCCGCUGCAAAACCAGCCAAGACAACCGCCUCUCCAGCAUCUACUCCAACAUACUCUACCGGAGACGACACUGGCUUCGGACUCGUCUACUCGCCGUACAAAGCUAGUGGCGCGUGCAAGUCGCUCAGCGAAGUCCAGGAGGACUUCAAGUCCAUCUCCACCGAGUACAAGCUCAUCCGAACAUACGGGACUGAUUGUGAGCAAGUCUCCAAUGUCCUUACGGUUGUUAAGGCACGCAAGAUCAAGCUUUUCGCUGGAAUUUUCGACAUCAAUAACCUUGCCUCGCAGGUUGAUACUAUCGUGAAAGCUGCCAAUGGUGACUGGAGCAAUUUUGAUACGAUCUCUGUCGGCAACGAACUGGUCAACUCUGGGGCAGCUGACGCUCCUACCGUCGUUAAGGCUAUCGGGACUGUUCGUGGGCUUCUGAAGGCCGCUGGUUAUACUGGCCAUGUUGUCGCUGUUGAUACUCUGGUGGCAUCACGUGAUAAUCCUUCGAUCUGCGAUGCCUCGGAUUAUUGCGCUGUCAACUGUCAUCCAUACUUUGACGGUAAAGUUGCUGCUGCGGACUCUGGAAAUUUCCUGAUAACUCAGAUACCUACUCUACAAGAGAAGCUAGCCAACAAGAACCAGAAGAUUGUUGUGACCGAGACCGGUUGGCCAUGGAAGGGUAUUUCUAAUGGAGCUGCCGUCGCAUCGAUCCCAAAUCAAGCCGCUGCUAUCAGCUCCAUUAAGAAGUCUUUUGCCUUGAACCCAGAGUCGGUCAUUUUCUUCACGGCAUAUAACGACAUGUGGAAGCAGAACACGCGUUUACAGUUUGAAGCCGAGCAAUUCUGGGGUAUGGGUGGAACCAAUGCUCCUUCUGGUUAGAUGCGUUAAAAGAUGGAGAAAUUCCAGCACACCUCAAAUAUCUAGAGCUCAUUCUUGUUCGGGGUCGUGUUUUGAUUUUCGUGUGGCUGAGAUGGCGUUUGGUACUGAGAGAGGCGGGAAUGAAAUACGGGGUUGAGUUAUGGAUUGAUUACAUAAGAUGGACAUGUCCUUAUUGUGUGAUGUUAACUUUCUGGGAAGGCGGAAAUUAGGGGACGAUUCUUCUUCUUCAUUCUCACCAGACCAAUUUUGGUCGCCUUCUUGUACGUACUUUUACUAGUGGUUUUUUGACUACCUUUCCAAUCAAUUAUCUGCCCACAGGCAUGCACA